AUGUGUGAUUCUUGUGAAGGGCGCCGAGUGAGAGAAAUGAGGGAGGAUACCCCAGAGUCGAAUUCGUCAAGUUCACGUCCGCGACGAGCAUCUUUGAUCAAAGCAUCUGAAAACAUCAAAAAAGUUGCAGCACCCAAGAAGAAACAAGAAGGUCGUGAGAUGUUUACGAAGUCGAAGCCAUCAUUUCUCAUGUUAUUGUCGAUGAUGAACCUCUCUAUAGAGUUACCUGGGUAG